AUGUUCAGUGAGAAGAUUCAUUCGACGGCAUGCGACUUUGAUAGUUCGACGCAAGAGAUGUACGACUUCAAGCUUGAAACGGUAACUGCGUUCAAUCAAUUGAAGACCCAACUCGAAGCUGACACGGUCGGCCUUACAGAAGACGUUGCGGCCGGCCUAUCGGAUGCAGCAUACGAGAGUUAG